AUGUGCUUGCAAACCUUUUCGCAUAAACACAAACUCCAGAGACACAUCGCAUGUCAUCUUGAAAGCAAUGCUUUAAUAGCCUUGCCUCCUGAAGAAGAUGUUGAAUCCGACUCUGACAAGAACUCGUCUCUCGAGUCUCAUGUGGCUAAUCGACGGCGACAUUUACCUGCAUUGUCAGCAACAAAUGAUUUUCCGGAUGAUCUUGGAGAACCUGCAUCGUUUCAUGAGAACGAGGCUGACUCUACAUAUCUGCCCGCGGCAACCGUACCACUCACGCGGCGGGCCCUUCAGGAAGUUCGCCAUCUUGAUCCUCAAUAUAUCCGGGCAGCAGGUUUUAACGAAGCUACCAUGGAACCAGAGGUGAUAAUCUCCUGCUGGACUAAAUUGAUGAAGUUAGGUUGGGUUGUGAUAAUACGGCAUUCCUUGAUCAUCUACGAUGGUUCGAUAGGACUCUUGAACUUGAAGUCUCAUAUAGGUGGUGAUGAAGACCUGAGAAGUAAAGCGCUCUAUGAUCGGCUUGGAGCGUUCGAUUUUUCGGUCCACCAGAAAGACCUAUCAAGUAGGAGAGAGGAGGAACCUGGACACUUGGUCGUACCUCCAUCUGAGCGCUGGGAUUGGCACACAUGCCCUCCAGGAUCAGGGAAGACAUUCAUUGCCUCACUGGUUGUGGAUUGUCUUUGCGCCAAAUACAAGUCCAAUCCGAGCGUUGCAGUUGCUUACGUCUACUUCGAUAUCUCAAAGCGCAAUGAGCAGAACCCUCUGGAUAUUCUGAAAAGUCUAUUGAAGCAAUUAUUGCAGGGUCUGCCAAGUCUACCUGGAGGAUUCAUCCGCGCUCUUCGAGCUUCGGAGCUCUUAUCAACGAUCGCGGAACUCCAAGGAAGGACUAAACUCAAUUUCUUUACAACCCUAUGGGACAACUCUAGCAUCUAUGCGUAA